GCGGAAGUUGCUGAGGGGACGUGUCCGAGAGCGGCGGGAGCCGGGAUCUGGGGCAAUAUGCCCUGCUGCCCCGUGCCAUGCCCCCACAGGAGCUAGAGGCAAUGAGCAGGUACACCAGCCCAGUGAACCCGGCUGUCUUCCCGCACCUCACUGUGGUGCUGCUUGCCAUUGGCAUGUUCUUCACCGCAUGGUUCUUCGUUUAUGAGGUGACAUCCACCAAGUACACGCGAGACAUCUACAAGGAGCUGCUGAUCUCACUGGUGGCAUCGCUCUUCAUGGGGUUUGGUGUCCUGUUCCUGCUGCUGUGGGUUGGGAUCUAUGUUUGAGGCCCAGGCAGAAUGACGUGUGGACCUCCAGUGGCUGUGGGAAACUCCAGAGAAGUUCUUUUUGUAUUUGUUUUAUACUUCAGUGUGGGAGCUUGCUUCAGGCAUGGACUGUACUCCUGUCAGGUGACUCCUGCCAGCACAACAAACCAAACCUGAAUAAAACUGGCUCUGUGAUGCACCUGCA